GACGAGCGGUCGCUUGCUUUGGGUGUACGAACGUUGCUGUACCUUUUAAUACGUAUGUGAGCGAGCUAGUUCAACGAUAAAUAUUCAACUUUUACCUCCUCUAGAACAUUCGCUCGGUAUUCGUUAAAAUAUCGCAACUGUUAGUGGACUUCUCGAUUCUGAACGUAAACGCUGCAGAGCCGGAGCCAGGCUUGCGUCAAAACGUGUACUAUUGUGCAACGUGUGCUCCAACCGAAAUGUAAUACGAUCAAGGAACACAAUGUUACUGUCGAAAUAACUACGAUCAAAUGUAGAAAAGCAAAGAAGAGAAUUUGUGUACGUUGAACAAAUUAGCUCGCGCACGUGUGCUCUGUGUGUGUGUGUGUGUGUACGCGCGCGCGCGAGCGCAAUGUGUAUGUGUUGCGUGCAUACGUGUCGGUAAGAGUGUAUUCAUUCAAUUCUUCGAAGCAAAGCACGAGCAAAACUUGAUGAUUCGUUCAACAUUCGAGAAAAGAAAAGCCUGAAAAGAAGGGGAAGGAUAGAUGGUGCGUAUUUACCCAAUGAAUCACACGUUCCAUGCGAUUACGAGACGUGGCUGGUAGUUUAGACCAUCUAUGUUUACACGAGCGUUUCUAAAUAUGUUCGUAAACAUCAACGUGUACGGCGAGCCGGAGAAACUGUGCGCACAGGUUGAUCAGUAUUAGUUACCUGUCGGAUUGUGUACUAGCGACAGACGGAUGUUUUGCUCUCACGAAAAGUAAAAAAAAAGAGGAAAAUAAAAAAAUUAAUAUGAAAGAACUUUAUGUGGUGUAUACAGUGUGAACAUUUUGUGUAUAUCUACGACAGGAAAAAAAAAGAGAGAGGGAGAAAGAGAAAGAAAGAGAGAGGACAAUAACACGUUGGCUGAGAGCGUGGCUUUAUUGUGCCCGCUGUUCGCCCGUAUCGCAGACGUGGAGGUGUAAACACAACGUUCGUGCCAUUGUCCUUUUGUUCUCGUAGCCAGAAAACGGGGGAAAGUACGCUAUGCCGAGCGCCGAAGAAACAACAUACUUGAUCGAAGUGGUGCCCGACACGACUCAGGACUUCCUCUCGAGGGACGUAGAUCUCCUCGUGUCGCAAAUCAAGGAGAAUCUUCGGUUGUCCAGUCUGAAGUCUAAGUCGAGCAUCAGUCAUAAAAAUCGACCGUCGCCCUAUCAAAUACCAUCGAGAUCGUGGGCAGAUCCAAAUAACUGUGAGAUGUGUGGCACGAAAAACAGUGGCCACGAUCAUCGGCAUCACCUAAGUCAUCAUCAUUAUCAUCAUCACCAUCAUCUUCAUCAUCAUCUUCAUCAUUCUCACAAAAGAAAUGCUAACAGGGAUGACGACCCAUACGAGCUACUACAGGAGUUGCUCAGGGAAGGAGGUCUAAUAAAAGAGGCUGUGAAGAGACUUCAAGCGAAUCUCGACGUGCUGGACAAUUCCGAAGAGGAAGACGAUGACGAGCACUCGUCGACGGUUUACCGAAGGAAACCGUACUUCUACGACUCCGAAGAUGAACAGUUACCGCCGGUAUACGAGCCACUCGAGCUGUGAAACUGAAUUAUUGUGUACCCGGCUUCCGUCCGGUUUGAGAUGUAACAGAGAGAAAUUGUUAACGGUCGUUCUCGUUCCUCGAUUUAUCUUUCGAUAAUAUCGUGUUUAUACACGUGAAAAAGAAGUGUUGUCAGGUGAAAACAUUUGCCUGUCGAACGAAACGUUGUGAUUCUCAUCGAAAGAAAGUACAAUAAUGAGGUAAACAUAAUUAGCCAAGAACUCGCCGUACAUGGCCGUGUUUGUAAAUAUGGUAUGUUGUUAUUCGAACAGUUCCACGCACACAGCUUCAUGCGACUUCGGCUAAGAUCGCCGGUAUAUCGACAAUCCACGAGGCUUACGUGGAAGACAUGGCUGCCUCGAUUCGAGCUCUCGGACUCAAUUUACAUGACAACACGUUCAU